GACCAGUGCGCGGGUGAGAAGAGAAGCUGCGAGCGAAGACCUCGUAGCCGUCGCUUCCUUUUUCUUACACCGCCAGAAACGACCUCCUCCUCCUCCUCAAAAUGCAAACAAAGCGGGCGCCAGUAGAGGGCGAGGGAAAGGCCGCCCACUUUGGUGAUCUCGAGCUGAAGGAGCGGCCGCGUUGCUGCUGCUGCUCAGCCUGUGGACGCCACAGUGCAGAGCUCGCUCACUCCAGCCCUUUCCGCAGCCGCAGAAGCAAUUUCGGCUCUUCGCCCCGGCGUUACAGCCACUUUUAGAAUUGGAUUUUCAAUGGCUGGGGAAAGAUUGAUCAAGUGUCUGAAAUGAAUAUGAACACUAUCCUUGAAGAGAUUCUGAUUAAAAGAUCACAACAAAAGAAGAGGACAUCUCCUUUAAAUUACAAAGAGAGGCUUUUUGUGCUUACAAAAUCUAUGUUAACGUAUUAUGAAGGCCGUGCAGAGAAAAAGUACCGAAAAGGAUCAGUUGACAUUUCCAAAAUCAAGUGUGUGGAAAUUGUGAAGAAUGAUGGUUUUAUUAUUCCCUGUCAAAAUAAAUAUCCAUUUCAAGUCGUGUAUGACAAUAGCACACUUUAUAUUUUUGCACCCACUGCACGUAGUAGAGAUCAGUGGGUAAGGAAUCUGAAAGAAGAAAUAAAGAACAAUAAUAAUAUAAUGGUUAAGUACCACCCUAAAUUCUGGACAGAUGGAAUCUAUCAGUGUUGCAGGCAAACAGAAAAAUUAGCACCUGGCUGUGAAAAAUAUAACCUCUUUGAAAAUGGCAUAAAGACAUUGCUUCCACCAAUGCCAGAUAAAAAUAAGAGAAGACCCCCGCCCCCUAUUCCCCAAGAAGAAGAGGAGGAGGAAGAAGAAGAAAUAGUAGUAGCCAUGUAUGACUUUCAGCCCACGGAAUCUCAUGAUUUGAGAUUAGAAAGAGGUCAAGAAUAUAUCAUCCUUGAAAAAAAUGACAUUCAUUGGUGGAAAGCAAGAGAUAAAUAUGGAAGCAAAGGAUAUAUUCCAAGCAACUAUGUAACAGGAAAGAAGUCCAAUAGUUUAGACCAAUAUGAAUGGUACUGUCGAAAUCUGAACAGAAGUAAAGCAGAACAACUCCUCAGAAAUGAGGAUAAAGAAGGUGGCUUCAUGGUGAGGGACUCCAGUCAACCAGGUUUAUAUACAGUAUCCCUUUAUGCAAAAUUUGGAGGAGAAGGGUUAUCUGGAAUAAGACACUACCAUAUAAAAGAAACAAUGACAUCACCAAAGCAGUACUACCUAGCUGAAAAACAUCUAUUUGACUCCAUUCCUGAGCUAAUUGAGUAUCAUAACCACAAUGCGGCAGGUCUUGUGACAAGGUUACGAUAUCCGGUGACUCCAAAGAUGAAACCUUCACCAACUACUGCAGGAUUCAGUUAUGAGAAAUGGGAAAUCAAUCCUGCAGAGCUCACUUUUAUGAGAGAAUUGGGCAGUGGUCUCUUUGGAGUAGUUCGCCUUGGCAAAUGGAGAGCACAGUAUAAAGUGGCAAUCAAAGCAAUCCGAGAAGGUGCAAUGUAUGAAGAGGACUUCAUAGAAGAAGCUAAAGUGAUGAUGAAGCUGACCCAUCCAAAAUUAGUCCAGCUGUAUGGCGUCUGCACUCAGCAAAGACCUAUUUACAUCGUGACAGAGUUCAUGGAGCAUGGUUGCCUUCUGAAUUAUCUUCGACAAAGACGUGGACGCUUCACUAAAGACAACCUGCUGACAAUGUGCCAGGAUCUAUGUGAAGGAAUGGAGUACCUCGAGAGAAAUAGCUUUAUUCACAGAGAUCUGGCUGCUAGGAACUGCUUAGUGAAUGAGUCGGCGGUGGUGAAAGUGUCCGACUUUGGAAUGACAAGGUAUGUACUUGAUGACCAGUAUACAAGCUCUUCAGGUGCUAAGUUUCCUGUGAAGUGGUGCCCCCCAGAGGUUUUUAAUUAUAGCCGAUUUAGCAGCAAGUCAGAUGUCUGGUCUUUUGGUGUUCUCAUAUGGGAAGUGUUUACUGAAGGCAAAAUGCCCUUUGAAACAAACACAAACUAUGAAGUGGUGACUAUGAUUAGCCAAGGACACCGUCUGUUUCGGCCAAAGUUAGCAUCCAAGAAUAUUUAUGAUGUGAUGAUGAUGUGCUGGCAGGAGAAACCAGAGGGACGUCCUACAUUUCAGGAUCUGCUGCAGAUGAUUGAUGCUAUAGCAGAGGAUGCUUCCUGAAAAGGCAUGAGAGGAGCACAGAAGUUCACAGUGAAGAGACAGCAUCACAGAUGCUACUAUGCUUUCAUGAAAAGGCACAAUCCUAGAUAGAUAAAAGGGAAACUUUUACCAAGGCAGCCAUAGUUUGUUCAGCCAUUUAAACAACUGUCUAUGAAGUGAACACCGACAAGGGCUGCCAAGGUGAAAAAUGUGGAUCCUUUUUGGGACAAAGAGACAGGAUGGAACCAUCCUUUGAGCUCCAAAUCACCAAGCAGUAACUGAAUUAUAUAAAAGUUUAUUCCCACUUCUAUCAACCAAAUAUUGAAGAGUGUCAGGUAAAGUAAUUCUCUUUGAGCAAGGACUAGAUACUGCCACAGCAAUGUUUUCAAAGCCUUCCUGAAAAUGGAGUGUCACAAUGGCUCACCAAAGCUAUAAACAGUGCUGUUAGCUCAUGAGCUUAUAGUGUUCUAUUUUUGUUUGUUUUGCUUCCUUUAAUAGGGGGCACUGCAACACCUAUCAACAGCUAGCUCAGAGCUGCCUCACCCCACAUUAAGGACCAUGUUUUAAUCUUCCUAUAGAAUUUGCACUGGCAAAUAGGAAGCAAGUCCUACAAACAGUGCUACUUAAUUCACUAUAGCAUUUAGCUGAUAGUAAAAUGGUGACUGGAUAGUGCUGUACUAGCAGAGGCUAGUUCUGUUCAGCAAUGAAUCGCAUGGGGACUGUGGACCAAUUACUGUAUUCUAACCUACCUCACAGGGUUGUUGGGAGUAUAAGGGGGAAUAGAUUCGAUACCACCCUUACAUUUCUUGGAAGAAGGGUGGGAUAAAAAUGUAUAAAUUUAACUUUAAACAGCAUUCAUAUUUAUAUAUAGUCUACAUUCUCUAAAUAUACACACUGCACACGUAUUUAUAUGAAUGGGAAUUUAAUUUUUCCUGAAGGAUUUAGAAAGCACAAAUUGUUGAAGCCUUUUUAUAUGUUGCACAUGCAGAUUAACAUACCACCAUUAUCAGAAAGAAAACAGUCUCAACUUUACCAUAAAUUGGGAUGUUCUUGGUUGGUGUUUUGUUCCACCAUGCAGCUGAUAAAAUGCGCUUCAUAGCACUAAUAAUAAAAUACUGUACUAACAAAGUGUGUCUAUUGUUGCAUAUUGUUUGAAAUCCUGAUAUAGCCUGUGGCAUUGACUCUUAUUUUCAGACUAGACUCUGCUUUAUUAGGAUUGCCCCAAGAUGUUUUGCUGCUCUGGCAUGGUGUUCUGCAUAGUGUGACAUUACAAGGAAUCGUCAGAAUUUUCUGCAGGGUUUUACCUCUUGGAUCACAAGCUGCUUUAUUAGAAGUCCAGGCCACCUUAGAUGCAAGAGAGAAACUGUGACUCAAGAAGGUAGCCCUCCCAUAGAUUACAUCAAUCAGUGGCUCCUUGUAGCCAUCCUUUGGCACUAAACACCCAGGGAAGGGGCAAGACAAAACAUACAAGUCUAAGGUGUUCUGGAGCCUGCUGUAGUCUGUUUAAUUAUAUGUACAUAUAUUUUUUGAUUACAAUAAAAUGAAGACAAAUAUUUUAUUGUUUUUGUCAACUUAACACAAGUAAAAGGUUAAAUACUAAUACAAAGACAAACAAUCACUAGAUAAGCUACACUGCACUACCUUCAGAGAAACCCAAGGGAUAUUUGGAUGCAGUGUGAUAAGCAACAGCCUUGUGAAAGUGUUUAAUCCAUUAUCUGAUGGCAGUGACUACCUCAGAAGGGGAAAAGGAGUGCAUCAGAGAGGUGUACUCAAUUUUGGCUGGAUCUCCCUUCACCAGGCACCCAGGGUAGCUUGGUGGAGGCUGCACACUGCCUUCAAAAAAACAGCUAGUCCUGGGACAAAAAACCCCUCACCCAAAUUUUAUUCAGAAACUUUUCUGCUUUUGAAAUCUCAUUGUUUCCCUCAUACACUUGCAAGAGCUAGAAAUGUAGCUCUUCUUAAAAUACAGAGACUUUCAGGAAGCUGAAUCUUAUACUCACAUUUUGUAAGACUUGCAAACCUGCGAUAUACAUAGCUCUCCCCAUGUUACCUCUAGAGAAGAAAGCCAAGAUAAAUGAACCCCAGAGUAUGUCUAAGUUUAGUGUCUCAUACAGAAGGAGAGGAUACCUGAAUGUUGUAUGAAAAAAUUCCCACAUAUUUUUCUUUGACUUUAUUCAAAAACAGAGCUGCGGGAGGCCUAUAUAAACAAAUCCUUGCACAUAAUGCCCAUUACUCGUUCCCAGGGUGGUCCACUAUAAGUUCAUACAGGAAACAUCCCAAAUCCCCCAAAACACUACUCAGUCUUUUAAAGAAAAAAGUGGGCACGCACUGAUUUUAUCAAAACAAUAUACUUUUAUUCUACCAUUCCUUUGUUUGAAUAUUACCAUAUCAAUCUUCAAAAAUAUUUCUAUGAAGUUAACAUUUUUUUAAAAUUGUGUUCAAAUACAAAGUCAAAAUGUUUGUACAUAGAAAAAAAUCUUUCCUGAAUAACAUUAAAAACUUUUCU